AUGCUCUCAAAUCUGGCAUCUAGAUCAUUACCUACGACAAUCACACCUACGUCGACGUUAAACCUUGCACAGAAAAUCCACGAAUUUGCCUCCCGCACGCUCCUCCCCCGACUAGCGACGGAUGUGAGCACGGUCCCUGAGGGAUACGGCCGGACUGCAAGCGGUCCGGCCCCGGGUGCGGUCGCCGGUAUAGUCUUAGGUUCCGUCGCAGGAUUCAUACUCCUGUUGUGGAUAAUAUACUGGUGCGUGAACUUAGGAUCACCGGCGCCUCACCUCGAGGAAGGUUCCGUAAGCGGAGUGGGUGGUUCCUCGUCUGUAGUGUCGUACCGCUCGCGACCGCGGGUGCGCCGUCACCGGCACAGCCAUAAAUCGUCGCAGCAGUACUCACCGCAUCGGCGGAAGGAGACCGUCGAGAUCACGCGGCGUGACCGCACUGUUCGCCGCUCUCCAUCCUCAUCUCCUGCCCGUGUACCAGAGGUUGAUCAGAUUGUCGUGUUGGAGGAACAUAACCGGUCCCGGUCCCGAUCUAGGCCACUGUCACGGUCGCGAUCCAGGUCAAGAAGUAUUAGCCGCCCACGACCUGCUCCGACACGUAGCGACGGCGACGACGAGAUUGUAGUGCUGGAGGAACAUACACCGCCUAGGCGGGGGAGCAGGGGUUAUAGACGUAGGAGCAGCGAAAGGAGGAGUAGCGCGCAGUAUAGGGACGUGGAAUAUCGUAGAAGGAGUAGCUCUCGAAGAUGA